UCGAACUUCCGCUCUUUCUUUCCCUUUCUUUUACCAACGUGCGGAGUGUUUAGUAAAAGAUGCCAGCCCCGGCCGCUAAGAAACCAGCAGCUAAAAAGCUGCCCGCUGUGCCGGAAUCCAAGCUGAAAUUCAGCAAGAAACAAAUCAGCAAACGUGCGUCUGAGACGAAACGUCGCUUGAAGCGUGCCGCCGUCGUUGCUCUGCGCAAGAAGGAGAAUCUGGUGCGUGCUGAGAAGUACCAAAACGAGUACAUCAAGGCUGACCAGCGUGAAAUUAAGCUGCGUCGUCUGGCCAAGAGCCGCAACCAAUUCUACGUGCCCGCUGAAGCCAAAUUGGCUUUCGUCGUGCGUAUUCGUGGUAUCAACAAGGUCGCACCUAAGGUACGUAAGGUCCUGCAGCUGUUCCGUCUGCGCCAGAUCAACAAUGGCGUGUUCAUCAAGCUGAACAAGGCUACCAUCAACAUGCUGCGCAUUGCUGAGCCCUACAUCACCUGGGGUUAUCCCAAUCUCAAGUCGGUGCGCGAGCUCAUCUAUAAGCGCGGUUAUGUCAAGCACAACCGUCAGCGUGUGCCAAUCAGCGAUAACUUUGUGAUCGAGCGUAAAAUGCGCAAGGCACACAGCAUUCAGUGCGUUGAGGAUAUGGUCCAUGAGAUCUUCACCGUGGGUCCCAACUUCAAGUAUGCCUCCAACUUCCUGUGGCCGUUCAAACUGAACACACCCACUGGUGGCUGGCGCAAGAAGGCCAAUCACUACGUCAACGGUGGUGACUUUGGUAACCGCGAGGACAAGAUCAACAGACUGCUGCGCAAGAUGGUCUAAGUCAAGAGCGAUGUUAUUAGUAUAAAACAACAACAAUAACGGUCUGGCAACAGCGAAAGAAAUAAAUUUCAAUUCUUUUUUUAAAGUACCAAUCUGCCGUUAAGAA